UGCUUUCGCGUGCGCGACCCUUUUACCUAUUUCUCUCCCACCCACUUCCUCUUUCUCCCUCACCAACCCCUUCUCCUUUUCACCACUCAAUCCCUUCUCCCUUCUUCGUUUACAUCCCUCUAAAAUCGCCCUUCCUCGUCUCCACCGGGGCAAAUUAAACGACGCUCAGAGGCGGAGAUCGAGGAGCAAAUCGCGAUCGCGAAUCCGAGGAGAUCGCUUUAUCUGUAAUCCGCAGCGGAAUCGGUUUGGGGGCUUAGUAAACAGGUCCAAGCUCGGUUUGAGUUCUCUUUUUCCCGAUCAAUCUCUCUUGCACUGUGAGUUUGUUAGUCUUGUUGCUGAGAUCUACUCGGAACUAGGGUUUUGGCGCACUAUUGAGGAACGAGGAGCGAGAUCUAGGAAUGAUUUUUGAUGCGAUUUGUUGUGGUUAGGUCAAAGUUGGUCUUUUGCAUUGGAAUCUCUGUCAAAAUCCCUUCUUUUAAUCUUUUUACACCUCAUAACAUGCUUUAAAUGGGAGAUUGCGAUUUGGAGCCUGUAAAGGCGAAGGAAGAAGAGGAUGUAGCAGCUUCUGAUGCUGGGAUUAAUGGGCAUGUGAGCGAAAGUUGUGGGCCGGUGCUUCGAAAGGAGCCUUCGUUCUCUCGGUGGUGCGAUGAGUUUGGCAACCCCUGCCCAGACCGACCUUCCGAUGAUGGAUCUGUGGAGAUUGGCACUGCUGAUGAUUCGGAGGAGUUUGAAUUGCCGUUGCUCCAAGGAAGUGAAUCAGCGAAAGAGUUUUCUGAGAAGGAAACCAGGGGAAUGAACAAUGUUGGCCAAAAAAGCAUUAGAUCAAACACAGAAAAUGGAGGGAGGAGUUAUUUACCCUUGGAUAUUGAUAGUACAAUGGGUGGGAUGGAAAAGGUGGAGCUUUCCACUGGAAGCUCACUUUCGGUAUGGUUUGUGCUGAAGAUAUUGUUUUAUAUACUGGUCUGGUACACUUUUAGUACUUGCUUAACACUCUAUAAUAAGGAGAUGUUGGGGGAUCAUCUCUGGAAGUUUCCUGCUCCCUUUAUGAUGACCACUAUCCAUUUCACAUUGCAAGCACUGUUAUCUAAGGCCAUUGUAUACUACCAAUCUCGAGGCUCCCAAAACAGCAGGGCUACAAUGACAUGGAAGGAUUACUUUAUCCGAGUUGUUCCAACAGCUCUGGGCACCGCUCUUGAUAUAAAUCUGAGCAAUAUAUCGCUUGUUUUUAUAACCGUGACAUUUGCUACCAUGUGCAAAUCUGCUGGUCCAAUUUUUCUCAUUCUGUUUGCUUUUGCAUUUAGGUUGGAGAAACUCAGCUUUAAGCUUCUUGGUAUCAUACUCGUAAUUUCUUUUGGAGUAUUCUUAUCAGUUGCCAAGGCUACUGAGUUUAAUGUUUUGGGAUUUAUUCUUAUUAUGCUUUCUGCUGUCAUGUCUGGCUUCCGCUGGUGCAUGACUCAGAUCCUCUUGCAGAAAGAGGCAUAUGGUCUAAGCAAUCCCAUUACUUUUAUGAGCUAUGUGACCCCUGUGAUGGCCAUAGCAACUGCAAUCCUCUCCCUCAUAAUGGAUCCAUGGCAUGAUUUCAGGAAGAAUCCUUUUUUUGAUAAUUGGAGGCAUCUAGUAAGAACUUCCUUAUUAAUGCUUUUGGGUGGAGCAUUGGCGUUCUUUAUGGUUUUAACUGAAUAUAUUCUUGUUUCGACCACCAGUGCGGUAACAGUGACAAUAGCUGGGAUUGUUAAGGAGGCUGUUACUAUUUUGGUUGCAGUGCUUCUCUUUCAUGAUCCAUUUACCUGGUUAAAAGGAAUUGGACUUGUCAUUAUAAUCUUUGGUGUCAGUUUGUUCAACUGGUACAAGUAUCACAAGUUAAAGACUGGUCAGUCUAAUGAUAAUGAAGCAGCAGAAAAUUUUCCAUCUUCCAAUGGAACAGCUAAAUAUGUUAUCAUGGAUGAUUUGGAAUCACAGGAAGGUGCUGAUUGAUUGAUUGAUUUAUUUUUUCGUUCCUAUACAUAUCCGACAGGAUGUAUUGCUACCAGGCACACUUUGAUGCAGAAAAGGUUCUCCAGCAUCACAUGUUUACAGCCUGGUCUCGCGAAUGAAUCGCUACCAUUCUUUUCAUUUUUGGGGGAAACUAUGUGCCAUGUAAUGCCAUUGAUUCAUUCAUGCAUAUUGGUUCAGGUUUCAGCAGGAUGUCACUGAUCAAAUAGUCAAACAAACAGAAGAAGAUAUACUGUAGCUUCUGGGACAGUUUUGAAGGUUUUUAUUAUUUAUUUGUUACCUUCUUUAUUUUUCGAUGUGAAUUAGAUUCACAUCCUCUUGAUUUUAGCAACAAAGGAGCAUCCUGAAACGCAGUUCCAAUCACAUUCAAAUAUGUAAAGGAUGACAUGUGAUAACGUGAUAUUUAAAUUUCAUUACCACAUUUCUUUCGCUGUUACCGAGUAAAACUGUGGCCUCAAUUUUA